AUGUCCCUCUCCGCCUACCGCCUCCUCUCCUUCGAUGUCUACGGCACUCUCGUCGACUGGGAAGGCGGCAUCCUCGCAGCCCUCCAGCCUCUCCUGAACAAAUCCACCGAGAAAUACUCUCGCCAGCAUCUGCUUACCGUCUAUCAUGAGCUCGAAAGAGAACAGCAGACCCAAACACCCGAUAUGCCCUAUUCGCAGCUCUUAGCGACGAUUUACGCCCCCUUCGCUGCACGCCUUUCCCUCCCCGCACCAUCCGAAGAAGAAUCGCAAGAAUUCGGAAACUCGGUUGGAAAGUGGCCUGCGUUUCCGGAUACGAUUGAUGCACUGAAGAGAUUGGCAAAACAAUAUAAACUUGUCGUUCUAUCGAAUGUGGAUAGAGGGUCGUUCGCAAAGACGAAUGCGGGGAGUCUGCAAGGCUUCCCAUUCGAUCUGAUCAUCACGGCGCAGGAUGUGGGGUCGUAUAAGCCGGAUCUGCGCAACUUUGAGUAUAUGCUUGGAUCUGUCAAGGACAAGUUUGGUGUCACUCCAGAGCAGGUGCUGCAGACUGCGCAGAGCCAGUUUCACGAUCAUCAUCCGGCGAAGAAGAUGGGACUCAAGUCAGUGUGGAUUGUGAGGCCGGGUGCGACGAUGGGCAAUUUGGAGGAUAAUAUCUACGAUUGGAAGUUUGAUACUCUAGGGGAGAUGGCGGAUGCGUUGGAGAGAGGACAGUAG